CAGCUAUCAGCUAUCAGCUACCAGCUAUCAGCUAUCAGCUAUCAGUCAAAAGAGUAAAAUAUUCCUGAUUUGAGGAAACAUAAUUGAGAAUGCCUGGGUACCUUUUGGCAGAUCAUGACAAGAAAGUCAUUGACUGUAAGUUCCUCUGUAACUGUUGUCGGUGCCUGCUGAGGGAGGCCAUGCAGACAGCAUGUGGACAUUUGUAUUGCCAAUCAUGUUUAGGAAUUCUUGUUACGGAUGAGACAUCUAAUGAAAUGAAGUGUUUGGUGGACGAGAAGAAUUUUUUUCCAAAUGAGACUUUCGCAGACAAUUUUAUGCGUCGUGAAGUCAGUGCUCUUGUGAUUCACUGCCUAUCCAUAGAAGAAGGGUGUCUUUGGAGGGGAAAAGUGAAGCAUUUAGAGGACCAUAAGCAGAAGGAAUGCAAGUUUUUGUCAGUCCCCUGUGUGUAUGAUGCUUGUGGCGUGAUGGUAAAAAGAGCUGAUCUUGCUGAUCACUUGAAAAAAGAAUGCAGAUUCAGACAAGAGAAAUGCUUAGUUUGUGAUGAAGAUGUCGAUCACUGCAGAAUGAAGGAACACCUUCGCUUGAAUCACAAUUAUCUUCACUGCCAGAUGGACAACCUGGGAGACGUGGUAGAUGACCUGCAUCACUCAAUGUACCAUCUCCGAGAUAAGUAUCACCACCUCCAAGAUGAGCAUCGCCAUCUCCAGGAUAAGUAUCGCCAUCUCCAGAAUGAGCAACGUAGAUUACACGGAGAAGUUCAACAACUGAAGGAGUGCCCUCGCAUGUUUGAGCAAGGUAAUCAACAGCAAAUGCAAAAUGAGGAAUACGUAAGACAGCAAGAGUUCUCAAGCUACGAUGGCCAGUAUUUAUGGAAGAUUUCCGAUUUUUCUCGCAAACGGAAUGACGCAGUUAAUAGAGAGGACGUCUCCGUCGUCAGUCCAAGUUUCUCAACCAGUCGCUUUGGUUACAAGAUGUGCGCGCAGAUCUAUCUGAACGGCGAUGGCAUGGGUAGAGGAACGCACAUCUCUGUCUACUUUAUGGUGAUGCGUGGUCAGUAUGACGCCCUUCUCCCCUGGCCAUUCAGACAGAAGGUCACCUUCAUGUUGUUGGAUCAGGAUCACGUGGAACAUGUGACUGAUGCCUUCAGACCUGAUCCGAACAGCGCAUCCUUCCAGAGGCCAAGGAGCGAAACAAACAUCGCCAGUGGAUGUCCGAUGUUCUGCGCGCUAUCUGAGCUGAAUAAUCAUGCAUAUGUCAGGGAUGAUACCAUGUUCGUAAAGAUUAUUGUAGAUACUGAUGGUCUGUAAACAAUGUUAUACCCGUGGGAAAUAUUUCUAGGGAAGGUUCCCAGGGGUUUCCUGGAAACAAAUUAAGGAUCAAAGAUGGACUCGGACGCUAGGGACCGUAUGAAACGUGGCGUUUAUUUAAAUAGUAGAAAGCAACAUUUUUAGGUCAUGAUAAUUAGUAUUGAUCACUGAAGUUGUUAGGUCUUUCUCGCAGUUACGUUUUGUGUUUACAACUAUGACGAUCGUUUACUCCUUCCUACCAGAGGGAGUCCUUUACAAAUGAGCUGGAACUUGUUCGGUAUAACUUAGUUGUUGCUUACUUUGUGCAUUUAUUUUUUUUUUUAUUAAUUUGCUGUUCAGGUUUUCAGGUGAUCCCUGAUGUACGUUGUCGAUCUUUGAUUUCCGGUCCUGUUUUGGUAGGAAACACUUAUAAUUAGUCUUCCCUUUUUCACGUGAUAUAAACUAUGUAGAGUGUAGGUUUAAGCUUGACCUUAUUCUAAGUAUGCUGUCUUUCAUUGUUAUUAUUUUGCAUUGGUUUUUUUUACAGUUUUACAUUUUGUUGCGAUUCGAGAGCGAUUGUUUUGAGAUUUCUAUGAAAUAUCCUGCUUCGGAGAUUCUCUCGCACGCCGCCUCACAUCUUUAACGCCAGAAGCAUUUAUGUGCUUUUACUUAUAGUGGCCACUUUCUCUUAUUAUUUUCACAAGCGGCCAGCUGAGUGUAAUUUCUGUGUCCUGUAGAUGCCUGGUUAUGACAGUUUGAGUUGUUCAAGAAUAUGGCAAUUCAAAUUGUGGACAUUCUAGUUUAAUUAUCGCCUACGCAUUUGUUAUAGGAUAUUAUUUCGUAAAUUUCUCUCUUCGGGUUUUUUGUUCAGUGACUGGGACUAAACGAUGUGUUCCACAUUUAUAGGAAUAGUAAUUGUUAGGGGAGAAGAACCUACCUCUCGAUCUUCUUAGUUGUCAUGGGCGGUCAUUAUGUUGCAUUACUCUACAAGCCAUCUAGGAAGGAGCGCCCUUAAUAUUCCAUUGGUUUUAUUACCUUUAUUCGCAUAGACAUGCCUGUGACGGCACCCUCUUAAGUUCAUGUUGAAGUCGAUCAUGUCAACCCUAAACCUUUGUAAAACUCCAAUGAGAAAAUUAAAUCAGACAAUAUGGCCGCAGAAAAAGGUGAACGAGAAGACACUAGGGGCUAUCAGGAUACUGUUCAAAGGCUUCAUUGAACGAAGCAGUUUAUGUUUAUGGUAUCAAAAGUCUUUCACCCGGUUCUAUGGUGUUGCCCCCAUGGGGCACAGUUUUUCUAGUUCUGGUGACUGUUCAAGCAUAGCGAGUAAUAGCCAAUUCUUCAAGAGGACAAAAAGAAACUGAUCCGAUCUCCGUCUCAGUCGAUCCUAAUCUUCAGUAAGCAACGACUAAAUCUCUAACUUUGUCAGCGAGCAAUGGUUUUUCCAUGGGGGAUAAAUAAAUAAAAAUAAAUUAAUGAUGUUGAGGCUGGGCAACAAGCUUACAAACCUUUUUGCGAAUACGACUUGCGUACGUAGGGUCGCUCAUUUGGAUGAAAAUCCUUUCUGUAGAAACAAAAAUUCAAGGUUUGAAAAGGUUUAAAAAAAAAGGCAAAGCUUCAAGGGAGAAAGACUGCGGUGUCUUAAUGUAGUAGAGUUUUAAAGUUGUAGUGAUGAAAAUACUUAAACAAAUUUUCGAAAAAAAGACUGAUUGUGAUCAUAUUAAUAUUUUACUUUACCCGUUCGUGCCCAAUAUGUGCAGGCGGAUUUAGAGGACGGAAUGUUUUAAUUAGUGUGUUGUUGCAAUUGUUGUAAAAUUUUUGUCAAAUUUCUGACUUAAUAUUGAAGGAACGAUCAUUUUGGAAAAAAUAAAAUCUUCUAAAAUAAUUUACGCGCGAGGUUUAAAUAGUCGUGGUCGUAAAGGCAACGCUGACCAAAGCUACACGGUCUUAAGAUAUUCGAGCUUUUUAUAGGUAAAGUAGGUGAAAAGACAAAGAAAAAAUAUCUCAAAAAAAAUUUUUACAAUCACAUACUUAUUGUAGAAUGCCCUUGCAUGCGCAUUAUAGGGUGAAUAUUUAGCAGUUGGCGGAUUUAUUUUAUUUAUUUUUUAGAACUUCAGUUUCCUUGAGCAGAUGUGGAAGUAUUGUUGCCAUUAGAGAGAGCUUGUAAUUUUAUAUCAUACAUUUUGAUACUCUGAAUUUGUCUGAAUUUGAUAGUUAACGUCCUUGUGCGUUAAGAUAGCAGUUAUAAUUUUCAAACGAGCUGUAGAGAAUUAUACUAUUUUGCUUAAAAGUUAACAGUACACGGUGAAAAAUAUCAGCCAUGUAGAGAAAAUAAAUAAAAGUUUAUUUUGUUAUA